AUGAAGCACGUCGCCGCUUACAUGCUCCUUGCCCUUGCCGGCAACGAGUCUCCCUCCGUUGCUGACAUCAAGGCUGUCCUCUCCUCCGUCGGCAUUGACGCUGAGACCGAGCGCCUCGAGAAGCUCAUUGCUGAGCUCCAGGGCAAGAACCUCCAGGAGUUGAUCGCUGAGGGUUCCGCCAAGCUCGCCUCCGUUCCCUCCGGCGGUGCUGGUGCCGCUGCCGCUGCCCCCGCUGCCGGUGGUGCCGCCAACGAGGCUGCCCCCGAGGCCGCCAAGGAGGAGGAGAAGGAGGAGUCCGAUGAUGACAUGGGAUUCGGUCUGUUCGACUAA